AGAAGAUAAAGUAGAAAACGGUGCCGUUUAAGAUAAAUAAACGAGAAUCCGCGUUACGCGUCCUUGGUGUCUCUCUCUCUUUACCUUUCUCUUUUUUUCUCACUCUUAAGAAUCCGAUGUCUCUAGUCGUAUAGUCUGUUUCCGGCCACACCGCCUUCGUCGUCGUCAUCGGAAAGCUUGGGGCGAACUAUGCGCUGCUUUUCACCUUUCCCUCUUCGGAUCUGCAAUUUCUCUUGCGUCUUCACAGCCCUAAUCGGAGCUAAUCACACCUCUGCUCGUUUCUCCUCUCGUUAAGUUUCUGUUUGAUUGUUUGUAAAGUUAGUUAUUAGAUUUGAUUUGAGAGAUAUUUAUUAUUAUCAACGAUGGAGGGGAAGCUGCCAACAACAACAAGCUUCCUCCGGAAUAUGAUGGUCCGUCUGCUUCUCUUAGGCGUCCUCAUCCUCCUCGUUCGUUUCGCUUACGUCGUCACCAUCACCGGCGAAUCCUGCAACCGCGGCGACUUCUGCUUCUUCUCCCUCCCUCCCGAUCUCAACUCCGUCAUCGGAUCCACCUCUACCUCUACCGACGACGAUGAUCCGAUCGAAUCCGUUAAGUUUUACUCCUCAGUCUUCAACGACCUCAUCUCCGACGGUUACCUCUCCGCGGAUUCGAAGACUCUCUGCGUCGAAGCCACUCCCACCGGCCGAGAGGUGCUCUCCCUCAGAGAGAUCGGCGUGAAGAACUCCAUCGGAAUCUCCAAAAAGGCUUUCCGUCCCUUGGUGGUGAGAGGCGAGGGACACUCUAUCCCCUUCGCGGACGAUACGUUCGAUUUCGUCUUCUCCGGGGGCGGACGCCUCGGGAAGUCGUUGAAGCCGUUGGAGUUCGCGGAGGAGAUCACCAGGACGCUGAAACCAGAAGGGAUCGCGGUGAUUCACGUCGAUGGCGCUGCUACGGAUACUUACAGUUUCAAUUCAUUUCUUGAUUUGUUUAAUUCAUGCAGUUUGGUGAAGAUGCGUGACCUCGCCAUGCCUCCUCCCACUCAUCAUCAUCUUAGAGAAUUCGUUAUUCAGAAACACUCUGCAGGAGGAGGAGUUCACCAUAAUAAGAAGGAUUCUAAUUCUAAUUCCAAUUCUGGUGGUGGCAAGUGCUGGAUCCCUGGUUAUAAAAGAGACUUGAUCCGAGACGCGGAGCCAUUGAUUGAAGAGGAGCCUCUUAAGCCAUGGAUCACGCUCAAGCGGAACAUUCAAAACGUUAAAUACAUCCCUUCCAUGGUUGAUAUUCGUUUCAAGAGUAGAUACGUUUACGUUGACGUCGGUGCUAGGAGCUACGGAUCCAGCAUCGGGAGCUGGUUCAAGAAGCAGUACCCCAAGCAGAACAAGACUUUCGAAGUUUUCGCCAUCGAGGCUGACAAGGCCUUCCACGAGGAGUAUAAGAUCAAGAAGAAGGUGCAUCUUCUUCCCUAUGCGGCUUGGGUGAGGAACGAGACUUUGUCCUUUGAGAUCAAUCACGAUCCGGGGAAGGAGGUGGAAGCCAAAGCGAUGGGCAGGGGGAUGGGAAGAAUCCAGCCUGUCAAAAAAUCUUCCUCCUCCAGCUUAUUAGCUGGAGAGGUGAACCUGAUUCAAGGGUUUGAUUUCGCUGACUGGUUGAAGAAGAGUGUGAGAGAGAGGGACUUUGUUGUGAUGAAGAUGGAUGUUGAAGGAACCGAAUUCGAUCUCAUCCCUAGGCUGAUCAAGACAGGAGCCAUAUGUCUAAUCGACGAGUUGUUCCUUGAAUGCCAUUACAACAGGUGGCAGAGAUGUUGUCCUGGCCAAAGGAGCCAGAAGUACAACAAGACUUAUAACCAGUGCUUACAGCUCUUUACUUCGCUCAGAGAACGUGGUGUGCUUGUCCAUCAAUGGUGGUAAUGGAAUGGGGUUGCAUUUGAUUUCGUCGUUUUCGCUACCAUGUACUUUCUUCUUCUAGAAUAUAAACAACAACAAGGAUAUUGUAGGGUUUCUAUCAAGGAACCAAAAAAAAAAAAAUACUCUGUUUUUAAAUUCCCUUUACUGUAAGAAGUUUAGCUUGAAAUGAAAAAAAAAGUUUCUCUCA